UUUAGUGCUGAUCAAGAUUUCAUUUUUAUUAAAUCCAAAAUCUCCCAAUUUCCCCGUACCUUUCUCCGGCGAUCGGCUUCUUCUCCGACGACGAGGAGCCGGCGACGGCGAGGCAGCGAAAACCAGGGUCAACCGUCGAGCUCUUGGUACGAGGCGGAUUUUGAUUUCUAUUUGCUGGAGAUGCAGAGGUUGGGAGAAUUCAAGCUGCCGGCUUUCUUCAACUAUCCCCCUUAUUUCACCCUGCAGCCAGUGAGGGAAACUCGUGAGAAGCAAGUGCAGUUGUGGAAAGAACUAAUUCUUGAUUAUUGCAGAAAUCAAAAGGUUUUUGUAGUAGGAUUAGAGGAAGAUUUUCCUCUAUUUUCUAAUCCGGUGAUUGAGAGAUCUCUCAGCCAUGAAGCAAAGGUGCUAUUUCUUUCUGCAUUAGUUAAUGAAGGUCGUGCUGAAUGGAUGGAUAAAGGACAUAAAAAAUGUCUUAUCCUUUGGAUGAGGAUUCAAGAUUGGGCUGAUUACAUCGUAAAUUUUGUGAAAGAAAAUGGAUUUGAAGAUAGUGUCAUGACUGUUGAAGAUAUCCGCUCAGGAUUCGAGUCCCGUGGAACUGAUCUUGCUGGCAUUGACCGUACCGUGCUGAUGCGUGCUUUGAGAUUACUGGAACAGAAGGGUAAAGCUGCAAUUUUCAGGGGAACUUCAACUGAUGAUGAAGGAGUAAAAUUCUCUGUCUAAUUGCAUACACUAUGUUCAUUAUCACCAUUCGAAUUCUUUCGACAACCAUCUACAUAGCUGGCUGUGAAUGAGUGCUCUGCUGGUUCAGUACACACCCAUGCUCACCUGGUAAUACUAAUAUUUAACUAUUCACCGAGUUGAGUAAUAAUAUUAUGAAUUUUGUUUGCGUCCUCGCUGUGACAUCUUCAACUUUAUUAUCAAGAGCCAAAGUGUUAAAUGCAUUUCAGCAUCUCAAGAACUCUGGUACUCCUAGAAUGAACCAGAGAUUCAUGAGUGUGUUCCACCUGUGAUGAGUUGGUUUGGGUCCAUUCAUGGGACCAUUAUUUUUGAGGGUAGACUUCACCUUCCAAAGUGUAUAACUAGUACUGUGUUGCAUUGCCAUCCCACUUGAGAAACCCACCCCACUUGGUUUGCCUUCAUGGAUUGCUCUGCCUUAUCUGGGUCCACCUUUUACAACAUUUUGAUGUUUCAGUGCUGUGUCUGCACUCUUAUCAUCUGUUCUGGUUCCUUUUCUUAUCAGUAUGCUUCUAAUUCAAGUAUGUUUGAUUUACACUGAAACUGAGAUUUAACACUUGAGUUCCAUGUUGGUGGACUAAAUUAUAAUCUUGUCUUUAUGGUCUGUGGUAGUGAAAGAUAUUGUGGUCCUUCUCUUGGUCAUUGUUGUAAGGCAUGUUUGUUUUCAAUGAAAUAAAUAUAAGGUGGUGAAGUAUGGUGGAUGUCUCA